GAGGAUAUACUAAUCAUGGAGGACAUAGGAUUUGAUGCUUAUAGAUUCUCCAUCUCAUGGUCUAGGCUGCUUCCAGGUGGAAACUUAUCAAGUGGAAUAAAUAGGGAAGGCAUCGCAUACUACGACAACCUCAUCAACGAACUUCUAUCAAAAGGCAUUACGCCCUAUGUUACUCUUUUCCAUGCGGAUUACCCCCAAAGCCUAGAAGAUGCAUAUGGUGGCUUUUUGAGCCCAAAAAUUGUGAAGGAUUUCACGGACUAUGCAGAAGUUUGUUUCAAGGCAUUUGGUGACAAAGUAAAGAAUUGGAUCACGUUAAAUGGGCCAUAUAUUUUCUCAAGAGAGGCUUACGCAAAAGGCGUGUAUGCCCCUGGUAGAUGCUCUAAAUGGUUCAACUACACACAAGGUGAUUCUGCAACCGAACCCUACCUUGUUUCCCACUAUCAGCUUCUUGCACACGCUACUGUUGUCAAAGUUUACCGGGAAAACUACCAGAGUACACAAAGGGGACAAAUUGGUAUUAUUCAAGGCAUAGAUUGGGUUAUACCAUUGUCUCAAUCCACAGCAGACAUUGAUGCAGCAUCUAGGGUCAAAGCUUUCACGGUGGAUUGGUUGAUGAAACCACUGAAUUCAGGUUCAUACCCGGUUGAAAUGGUUUCCUACUUGGGAGAAAGGCUGCCAAAGUUUUCUGAAGAGCAAUCAGCAAUGUUGAAGAACUCUUUUGAUUUCAUUGGCAUCAACUAUUACUCUACAGCAUAUGCCGCUGAUGCUGAAUGCCCCAGCCAAAACAGAACAUACCUCACAGAUUACUGUGCUAAGCUUACUUAUGAGCGUGAUGGAGUUCCUAUUGGUCCAAGGGCAGCCUCAGUGUGGAUAUACCUCUAUCCGCGAGGAAUUGAAGAAGUCAUGCUCUAUUUCAAGAACAAGUUCAACAAUCCAGUCAUGUACAUAACAGAGAAUGGUUAUGAUGAGUUUAACGAUGGAAAAGGAUCACUCCAUGACCAAGAGAGAAUAGACUGCCACAUUCAACAUCUUUCUUAUGUUCACAGUGCCAUAUUGAAAGGAGUGGAUGUUAGAGGCUACUUUGUAUGGUCACUUUUGGAUAAUUUCGAGUGGUCAGACGGUUACACUGUUCGAUUUGGACUUGUUUAUGUUAAUUAUACUGAUGGAUUACAGAGAUAUCCAAAAGACUCAGCUAGAUGGUUUAAGAGGUUUCUCCAUCAAGAAUUGAAGUCCCAGUGAAGAUGCAGAUCAAUGGACAUGAAUGUUUAAUGAAUUACUAGUAAGAGGUCCUCCAUUUUGCCAAUUUGGUAUCAGAAUAUACUUUAAAUGAAACUUUAAUACUUCGUGCAUGUUUGAAAACUCAUUCGGAAACACAUGAAGCCAUAAUCAUGGUGAUUGUAGAGGAGAGGAAGAAUAUAAACUCUGACAUAGUAAGGAAUAACCUCUAAAGAGGGAGAGAAACCCACCUAUAGAGAUCCCUUUUAUGGUUCUGUACUUAGGAUCUUGUUGUUUUGA